AUGAGACCCAAUUCGCACGACAGGCAACAGUCUUUGGCUGACUCGUUGGCCACUUGCGUGACAAUAGCCGUGUGUAUGGCCGAGCAGUUGGUACGGCUUUUGGCGAACGCCUUGCCCUCCUCGCAGUUCCUCUGCCGGUGCUCUUUCACGCAGCAGAUCUCGACCACGAGCUCGCAUUGGCGCCGGUAUUCCGAGUUUGUCAUCAGCCGGUCGAAGGAUGUGUUGUGGAAACGGCAGCCGCCGGUCGGCAAUUGUUUGGCUCGAGUGGUGCCCAAAUCGCAGCACUUCUCCAACGCAAAACCCGUAGCGACGAGCGAUUUGCGUAAAACCAUCCGAUGUUAUAGUCCGACAAAACCCGAGGCUAUGCCUCAGGAUGUGUACGACAAGUACAAGAUCUCGAGUCGAUAUCUCAAUGAUCAGGACAGACGCGACUUCUGGCAAAAGUUUGCCAAUUGGUGGCAAAAUGUCUUC